UUACGAUGCUAUUGCCGAAUAGGGAAUGAAAAGAAUCGAUAAGUAAUUUCCUGCAGUUUGUCGAACACAUGGAAUAGUUGAUAUAGUCCGCAAUCUUAUUCUGAAAAAUGACCGGCAAGAAAGACGUCGGCCAAAACCGAUACGCUGUUCUUAGAUUAUAUCUAACCAUCCCAGGUUUAUGGCCAUAUCAUAGUCUUCGCGACAGAUGUAUUUGCUUCGUUCCGUUGUUUGCAUUCUGCUUUAGUAUUCUAAUACCUCAGAUACUUUACUUAGUAAUCGGCUCGAUAACUCUCGAUGACGUAUUCGAAUGUAUGCCAGCGAUAUUAAUCACUAUAAUAUUCAGCUCUAAAAUAUUGAUCAUAAUGUUAAAUGGUGAGAAAGUAAAGACUUGUCUUAACAUUAUACAAAAGGACUGGCUAUCAGUAAAUACAAAUGUAGAAAAGAUUAUUCUGCAACGACAUACGAGGUACGGACAAUAUCUGGCGACAUUUUACGCAGUUUACAUGCAUAUUACGGCGUGUCUGUUUGUGCUUAAACCAAUCAUGCUGACUCUGAUGGCGGACAAUACCGUCAAUGUGACAAAAUCAUCUAUACCGUUUGCAUCGAGAUUACCUUAUCGCGUGGAAUACGGCCAGAGUUUCAAUCAAUACUUGUAUCCAAUAGCAGUGCAUUGUUAUGCGGCUGUUAUCUCUCAUUCCUUCAUAACAAUCGCGGUCGAUAUUUUGUACUACACCCUGAUUCAACAUGCUUGUGGAAUGUUCUCCAUUAUUGGACACACGCUGGAGAACAUUGGUAAAAAUAGUGAGGACAAUUUUGAUGCGACAUUGGACAAGGUAACAGACGACAGUUAUAGCAGAGCUUUGCAAUGCUUGCGUAGACAUCUUCUGGUGAUAAAAUUUGCGGAACACAUAGAGUCCUUGUAUACGAAGAUAUUUCUGGUGAAUCUUAACUUAAAUAUGAUCGGUUGCAGUUUAUCUGGUAUACAAGUAUUAAUGAAUUUAGACAAGAGCGCAAAUGAUAUCGCCGGGCCCGUUACUAUCUAUGUUGCACAACUUAUUCAUCUGUUUCUUCAUUUCUGGCAAGCUCAAUUUUUACUAGACUACAGUGUCCUUCCAUACGAAUCUAUCUGCAGGGCGAAUUGGUAUUACACUUCACAAAGAUGUCGAAAACUUCUUCUCUUGAUUUUGAAUAGAACUACAUCACCGUGUAAAAUCACCGCUGGCAAAAUAAUAAUUCUAUCCAUUGAAAGCUUUGCCACGGUUUUAAAAACAUCUCUGUCUUAUCUCACUAUGUUUCGUUCUCUCCAGUGAUGCUUUGGUGCAUAUAACAAUACGUAUUUAUAACAUUCAUCUCUUUAAUGCAAUAAAAAUUUAAUAUAUGACAUA